GGCGCUGCGGAGUCAGAGUCAGGAUCCGCCUUCUCGGCUGUACCCGUUGGGGAGGAGGUGGAUUUCAGGCUUCCCGUAGACUGGAAGAAUCUGCUCAAAACCGCCUGCCUUGCAGGGCCUGGGCCGGCGGGAGCGGCGCCACCAGAGACCGGCUUCCGGCGCGACAUCGCGGAGCACGUAGCCACAGCCCGGCAGCAGGUCGAGCUGGGAGCGCGAGCCCGCGGCCGCCGUUCCCAGGGCGUCUGCGGGCGCGAGCACGUCGCAACCCUGCAGUACCUGCUGGGCCGGAGGUGGGUCGAUUGUGUUGGAUCGGAGCUUAAUCGGGGCACCUGGGCCGGGCCGGGUCGACGCUGCGAAAAGAAGGGGUCGGACUCGUGACCUGAGUUGGCGGGAGGAAUGAAUACAGGUAUUUCCAAAGAAUGACUACAACCUCUUCAGUAGAAGGUAAACAGAAUUUGGUGAUUAUGGGUAGGAAAACCUGGUUCUCCAUUCCAGAGAAGAAUCGACCAUUAAAGGACAGAAUUAAUAUAGUUCUCAGUAGAGAACUCAAGGAACCUCCACAGGGAGCUCAUUUUCUUGCCAAAAGUCUGGAUGGUGCCUUAAAACUUAUUGAGCAACCAGAAUUAACAAAUACAGUGGACAUGGUCUGGAUAGUGGGAGGCAGUUCUGUUUAUAAGGAAGCCAUGAACAAGCCAGGCCAUCUUAGACUAUUUGUGACAAGGAUCAUGCAGGAAUUUGAAAGUGACACAUUUUUUCCAGAAAUUGAUUUGGAAAAAUAUAAACUUAUCCCAGAAUAUCCAGGUGUUCCUUCUGAUGUCCAGGAGGAGAAAGGCAUUAAGUACAAAUUUGAAGUAUAUGAAAAGAACAAUUAAUGUGAAAGUGUUUUCUGAUCUAUUUCAAGCCUCCGCCUCCCCCAGCAAAAUUAUGUAUUUUUUGUUGUAGAGACUUUUGUUGACUUUA